GACUUUUUCAAAAUCUAUUAAGGUUAGAUUAGCAUUACCACUGAAAAAACAGUCAUAACGGUUGUACGAUUCAUUAUGUUUUUUUUCCUUUUAAUAUUAUCAGAAGCAAACAAUACUGAUUCAAAAGCUGCAAUAUCACCGUAAUAAAAUUACUUUUUUAUUUUUGUAGAUGAUUGUAAUACGAGAAAAAUAUGUCAAAUCUAAUAGCAUUAAUAAUAUUUUGUAAACAAAAGAAUAUUAAUUGUAGACUAUUACAUACUAAAGCACCCAGCUAUUAAUUUUAGUUUAGUUUCACUAUAAUAUACAGAAAAUAAAAAUUUAAAAAGUAAAUUAAGUAAUUUUAAACUUUAUUUUCAAAAAUCUACUUCAGCAAUGAAGAUAGCAAAGGUAUGUUUCAUUUAUUUAAUAACUAUCGCUGUCAUUAAAUGUGACCAUUCAUUAAGAGAUAAUGCAGAUAAUCUUGAAAUUCCACGAAAUAUUGCAGAAAAAAUACAAUAUAUUGUAGAAAUAUUUGAACAAUGGGCAUUCGACUUAUGGAUAAAUCGUAAACAUGACAAAGAAAAGUUUAUAAUAUAUUUCAAACAUUUUGGACAGCGAAUCGCACACAUAUUAAGUUUGACUUCCAAACACAACAUUUGGUGGUUAUGGCAGCUUAAUAUACUAUUGAAUUCAGUUGAUGAAUUUUAUGAGCCUAUAAAAUAUUUGGAGAUAAACAUUAAAACAUACAAAAUGAUUAAUAAAAUGAAUCGCAUUAGUAAUGUUAUCACAUUAAUUAAAAAUCAAAUGAAACUCAACUACGAUAAAACUAAAAAGAAAUCUGGGCUAUUAAAUUGUUUUAAAAAUACUAAAAAAUUAACCAAUCAAGAACUAUUACAAAUUCAAUUAACUGUUUUUAUUGAUGAAAUUCCCUCAAAAUUGAAAAUCCUUGAUGAAGAAAUUGAAAAAGAAUACGGAAAUAUAAAUGAUACAAGUCAUAUUUUUACACCACAAAAUAUAUUUUUAUUUGAUAUCAUUUUGAAUGACAAAUCUUUACAAACAAUUUUUAAGAAUUGUACAGCUAUUACAUUCAAAUACGAGUACAAAGAACAUUUAAAGAAAACUUAUCAUGACGCUAUUAAUAAAUGGGUUGAUAUAGAUGAAAAGUAUUCUGAAUUAAUAAAGUACAGAAAUACUUUAUUUGGAGUUAUAAAAUUUUAUAUUCAUAUUCAUGUAGGAUUACUCAUAUCAAUCUUUUAUGGUUAUAAGUGUGAAAACAAGGGGAAUAUUCAAAAAUUGAAUCCACUCUGGGAAUCAAUGAAAAAUUUAGUAAUACAGUUUAUAGAUUUUUUUCAUUUUCAAGAUGAUUCAGAUUUAAAUAAAAUUUUUGUAAUACUAACAAAAUAUAAUGAAUUACCACGAUCAUCAAUUAUCCAAAACAUUUACCAAAUGACAAAAAAAUACUUUGAAUAUAAGCACGAUAUGUAUAAAUUACAAUAUAAUUUACCGAUAACAGAUUUUACUGAACAAUUAAGGGAAGGUGAAUAUUUAAUACCACAGGUAAAUCAAUAUUUGAAGGAUCUAAAGUCUUAUUUUAAUAUUGUUAAUGAUUUAUUUAAAAAUGUUAACUUUAAAGUUUACGAAGUAUUUUAUAGUCUUAUCCCUAAAAAAGAUAGCUCUUAUUUUUAACAACGUCUUGAAAUAGUUAUAUUAUGUAUGCAAUAAUUAUCGUUCAUUGUUUUAUUAUUAUAUGCACAAUAAAUUCAUUAACCAUGUAAUUGUAUCUUUAAAUGUAAUAUUUUAUGUAUAAUAAAAAAAUUAUUAAGAAUUAGACAGAAUAAUACGAAAAACUGUUAAAAAACUAUAUUAUGUUUUAUUAAAUAAAUAUCAUUUCUGAACAUUAUCAUAUAUGCGCACAAUUUAA